GAGGAGACCUGGUUGAAGCUGAUGCUUGUGCUGAAGGAAAAGACCUGUUUGAAGAAGGAGACGCUACAGCUGUUACAGGGAAUUGCGUUGAGGGCCGUGGCUUCCAUCUACACCCCCUAGCUCUGCUCCUGUCUAUUAAUCAAAAGGUAGCAAAGGGAUCCAAUUAA